GAGAGCAACGAUCAGCAUGAGAACAUGAGCUGCUCUCUCUCUCUCUCACUAUGUGUCUGUAGUGACUCUCGUUCUAUAUUUAACCUGCAGGCCAACGACUCGCUCACACAUACUCGACAUAGACGAGGCCGCUGACAGACGACCAGCAGGAUGGAGGAGGAGGCUCCAUCCCGGCGCUCUGUGGCUGAACUCGCAGGACGAUUCAAAGGCUCGGCUGCUCCGCACGAUGCUGCUGGACAGGAAGCGGCGAAGCCGGUCAGACGUCGACCUCCUCGCUCCUUACACCUCCCCAAACCCCCCGGAGACGACCAGGAGCAGCCUGCAGGUGUCACCUCUCCUCUACCUACCAAAGCCAAGAGGAACUCAGCUCUGAUCGAGAAGCUGCAGGCCAACCUCGCUCUGUCCCCCUCGGCCCUGCUGCCCUCUCCUAAGAGCCCGGGCUUCAGGCUGCUGCCUCCCUCCUUCCCCCCGGCCUCCCCCGGCUCCGGCCCGGUCACCGUGGGAACCAGCCCGUCCUCGGGGACCCCCACCAGCCCACUUACUGAACAGGAAGCCCCCGCCUCCUUUGAAGCCCCUCCCACUGUGGAGGAGGGGUCCAUCCUGUCCAACGCCAACGUCAAGGGCAGACCUCGCCUCUCCAUACGGCGACGUCCUCCAUCCCGCCGUCACAGGAAGUCCAGCAGUGGAGACGAGUUCAGUGUCGCCAACGAGGGAGGAGAUACGUCUCUGAAGUCCCCGACUGAACCUGAGGACAAAACAAGAGAAGGAGAUGGAGGAGGAGAAGAUCAAACUGACGAGGGGAAGGACGACAAGACAGACGAGGGGAAGGACGACGAGACAGACGAGGGGAAGGACGACAAGACAGACGAGGUGAAGGACGACAAGACAGACGAGGUGAAGGACGACAAGACAGACGAGGGGAAGGACGACAAGACAGACGAGGUGAAGGACGACAAGACAGACGAGGGGAAGGACGACAAGACAGACGAGGUGAAGGACGACAAGACAGACGAGGUGAAGGACGACAAGACAGACGAGGGGAAGGACGACAAGACAGACGAGGGGAAGGACGACAGGACAAACCCUUCACCGUGUCCUGAGAAGAACGAAUCCGAAGAAGAUCACUCGGAGACCAGCGUCGAGCCCAGACAGGAAGUAGAGAAGAAGGAGGAGGAGAACAGACCCGAGGGGGGAAAGGAGGAAGAUGGAUCUUCUUUAGGAGAAAAGGAGGAGAAGAAAGACUCUGAAGAAAAACAGGAAGAUUUGACUGAAGGAGCGACGAACACGGACGUCACAGAAGAAGAAAAGGCCGAGGAGACGACGGGUCAGAGUUCAGUCCGAUGAGUCAUCAGACGAACGGCCGAGUCGGAGCGCUGCCGCCAUGUUGGGCCCCUGAGGUUCUGGGAGGGAGACCCUGCAGCAGCGAGGCCUGAAGGAAGAGGCCCCGGUGAGUCUGGACUCUGAACGGACCAACGAAGCUCUGAGCUGCUGCCUGUCCACACCGUCUCUUUUCUCUGGAAGUGAAGAAACAGACUGAAACUCUCUUUAGUUUCCAGUUUGUCUUGUAAAGAAUCGCUGAUGUUAUUUAACUGAAGGUCUUUAAAUCAGAGCGACGUGUCGAGAAGCUCCUGAAGCGACUAAUGUGAACCAGUUCCUACUAAUCAAAGCCUUUUUACACUGCAGCGCUGGAUGUGUUCCUUUUUGUAAGAAUAUAAUAUUAUUUUAUUGUUUUCAUGAAUGUUAUCUUGCUGUUCAGUGCCUUCAGAGCUGUGACUGAUGAGGAUGAUGAUGAUGAUGAUGAGGAUGAUGAUGAUGUGUGAUGUAGGAUCUGUUGGUGUGUAGAAGCUUUCUGUAGAGUGUCCACAUGAAUCAUUUUGUGUCAGUGUGUUUGCUGAGCUGCCAGAAGAGAAACCUGAAGCUUUAUUCCAAAGAGUCAUUAAAAAAUACUUUUUCACAAAAAACAA